AUUCUGAAAGUUGAUACGUUGUAAUGAAUUUAUCAUUAUUUCAUAAAUUUGAUUGCAAAAUUUAAUACGAACUUUGAUUUAUGAACCCACGUGAAAUCGUCAGUGGGAUCAGUGGGAUUUGUUGGGAUUAUUUAAAAAUGGCGACAUCCAGUUGUAGAAUCGAAGAUUGCGAAGUGUGCGGUGCAAGUAAAGCAAAAUACACGUGUCCAAAAUGUGAGGUUAGGACUUGCUGUCUUCAGUGUGUAAAUAUUCACAAAAAAGAAUUGGAAUGCAGUGGUAUCCGAGACAAAACAAAAUUUGUAUCGUUAAAAUCAUUUACCGACUUGGAUGUCUUAAGUGAUUAUAGACUUCUCGAGGAAGUUAGCAGAUCAGUUGAACAGUUGAAAAGUGAUCCAUCGAAAAGAUAUACGCGUCAAAAUAUAUUACCAUUGCAUUUGAGCAAACUCAGAUCAGCUGCAUUUAAAAGAAAAGUUAAUUUAGAAUUCAUGCCACAAAAUUUUUAUAGACACAAGAAUAAUACAACAUUUUUAAAUUGGAAAACUAACGAGUUAUAUUGGAGAAUAGAAUGGAUAUUUCCACAAGCGGAACAUACAAAGUGGACUACGGAAAGGGCACUAGAUACUACAAGAUUAUCGAUUCUCAUAGAAGAAAUUUUGGAUCCUAUGAAAUCGUUAAGAAAUUCUAACGAUAUAGAAGAUUUAAAUUUAAAAAUGUGUUUAAACAAUAGAUUACAGUUUUAUCAAGCGGCAGGCUUAUCAGGGAUAAAAGUUCUUCUAAAGGCAGAAAAAAUUCGUCGGUCAGAAUCGAGGUUUUACGAGUUAGAUAUCACGCUUACUUUGAAAGAAAAUUUAGAAAAUAAAACUAUCAUUGAAUUCCCAACGAUAUACGUUAUCCCGAAGGAUCACUCGGAUAUGUAUGAAAUUAUAGAUACCGAUAACGAAGAUACGGAGCAUUCGGAAAGUAAAUGUAAUAACGAAGAUAUACCGAGGAAGAAGAAACGAAAAUAUAAUCAAUCCAAUACAAAAAUAAAGAAACCUUCAACUGUAAACUAUUUUUUUAACUCUGAGUUAUCGGAAUCUGACGAAGAGAAAAUAAGUGAUAAUCGACAGACUAAACAUUCAUCUAAUUUUAACAUACCAGAGUACGAUGAAUUAGUUAGAAUGGAACGCUAAGGAUACGCGCGGACAAAUUUAUAGGUAAAUAAUCCAAUUUAUGUAUAAAUUCAAUUUUUAUUGUAAAUAUAAUACCUCGAUAGGCUGAUACAACUGAAUUACGUACAAAUACAAUAACAUUAAUGUCAUCACAAAGUCAACUAUAACACAUUUUCAUCGGUUCCCUUCCCAGAAUAUAAAUAUAUAAUCGUUUAUACUUUAUAGAAUAUUAAGAUUCCAGGAAUAAAUAUAAUAAUUUAAUAAAUUUCUUUCAACUACAGAUCGCUAAGGACUUAAUAAAUUAUACAACCCCGUAUAAAAGAAAAAA